AGAGGCAUUGCGACGAGCUGGUCACUCGUCCAAGGAGUCCUACCGUCUGCAAAUAUGAUCAGUUGAACCUGAGAAAUUAGCCCUAUGCUGCAAUGUGGGAGCGAGGAAAAAAAAACAGGAUCCAUAGCAACGAAUCAGCCAUUAUCAUAUGUAAAAUUAUAUAUCAGGGAGUAUUCUGAAACAUCAUUUUAUCCUUCAAAGCACAGUGGUUACUCUAUGUUCCAUAUGUUCCUCCUGCUUUAAGAACUGCUUAUUAUUGAUUACAUGGAGCAAGAUAUGUUGCUCUGUUAUUUAAUAAAAAACAGAUUACUUGCAUUGAAGAAACCGUUUCAGUACACGUUUCUAUCACAGAAAGAUGCUGCAGUGUUUGGAUUCAAAGCACUUUCCAAAGAAUGCUCUCCAUCUUCAUAUGAUGACAAAUCAGUACCUGCUGCCACAGAAACCUUGACUAACAUGGGAGCACAGGAGCCGUGCCCUUGCACUCAGCAGGACUUCAUAAUUUUUGCAGAGUUCUCUGAAGUAAUGGGCCCUGUUCCACUGUUAACCAUCCCCCUACGUGCUGAAGAGGUCACAGGCAUUGAGAUCAAUAAUUUUAUCAUGAGAAUUAUGUCUGUUGACUAUCAAGCCAACCCAAGCCAGUCUGUGUUCUGUGAAGAUGCUCAGGUGCUUCAGAUGUCUGUAAUGUCUGGUCUCCACGCAUAUGUGCAUUAUUUGACUCUUCAUGACCCAGUGGCCAGAGGAUUUGUGAGACCCCUCUGUCUCGCGUAUGUCACUGCUGACCAGCAUAAGUUAUCACAUAUGUUUCCAAAGCUCAGAAAACAGUUCUUGCAGGUGACACAGGUUGUAAAACAUGAUAACAGGCUGUGGUUCAGGGAGGAAAUUUUAGCAGUUCUUCAUUCUAUAAAGGAAGCACAAAAUGAAUAUUUUUAUUGGAAGAAGAGAGAAGAGGAUGGAUAUGUAUUGUCAGAUGAAGGGAAGAAAAUUUUGGAACAGACAAACAUGGAUCAGUUGGUCCAGCAGUCUACAGACUAUGAACACAUGUUACAUGCCCUAGGACCAUUACUGAAAGUAGAUGCUGGAGUGAGUGAUAUGAUACUUGGAUGCUGGAAGUGCGGAUUUGCACAAGCUGACAAAGCAGACAUGAUCCUAUCUGCACUCUGUCCUGGUUCUCAUCAUAAAGCGAUUGGGAGUAGUGGAGAAUCCUUGAGAGGGGUUUUGGCCCUCAGUCCAUGGGGUCUUUCUGCUGCCUUGUGGAAUCUGGUUGUUCUGCUGCGCUGCCAUAGUGAAUGCCGGCUGAAGCAAUACUGCAAAACAAUUUCCGUUGACGAUGACCAGGUUUGUAUGGUGUACAUUGUCUUGGUAAAAUUAAUGAAAAGCUGCAUUUGA